AUGACGACAACCCGCACUCCUAAUGGUAUUAUGGCUAAAACUAGCCUAAAGAUCUACAAUAGCAUUACAAAAGAAAAGGAGGUAUUGAAGGUAGAAAAUUCAAUGCUUAAAUGGUACACUUGCGGACCGACUGUUUACGAUUCAGCCCACUUAGGACAUGCCCGUAGUUAUGUUCAACUUGAUAGUAUUCGCAAGACUCUUGAACGAUACUUCAACUACCAAAUUACUUAUAUUAUGAACAUUACGGACAUUGACGACAAAAUCAUCAUUAAGGCCCGAGAGGUAGCUAAGAGUCUUAAAGAAGCACCAGGCACUCAGAUUGAGCAACUAACCCAGCAGUUUAAACAAUGGGCUAUUUCUGCCAAAUUAGAUACCGAAGAACAAGAAUUAAUCCAUUAUGCAGUUAAAGAAGUUAGUCGUAAAUACGAAGAAGAGUUCUUUGAAGAUAUGCAUGCUUUAGGUGUAGCCCGUCCAACAUACACUACUCGAGUUAGUGAUUACAUCGAAGAGAUUAUUCAGUUUAUUACUAAGAUUGAAGAAGAAGGCUUUGCUUACCAUGCCCAAGGUUCAGUCUAUUUUGAUACUAAGGCGUACAGCCAGAAGAAGCAGUACCCUUUAAUGUGCCCUGUCCAGAGCAGCAGUCAGCAAGACUUAUUGGAAGAAGGUGAAGGUAAACUAGGCAGUGAGGGCAAGCGCAAUAAAGAGGACUUUGUCCUCUGGAAGGCUAGUAAGAGCAAUGAACCGGCAUGGCCUUCUAAAUGGGGACCAGGUCGACCUGGCUGGCAUAUUGAGUGCAGUGCUAUGGCAGCUAAUAUUGCUAAUGGCCGGAUUGACUUGCAUUCUGGUGGAGUUGAUCUGACGUUCCCUCAUCAUGACAACGAGAUUGCUCAAUCAGAGGGUGCUGGAAUUGAAGACUGGGUUGGUCAUUUCUUGCAUACGGGUCAUCUUCAUAUUGAUGGACGUAAGAUGAGCAAGAGUCUGAAGAACUUCGUGCAAGUCAAAGAGAUGCUUAAGAGUGGUACAGCUCGUGAACUGCGGAUGAUGUUCCUUUUACAAAGCUACCGGGGUCCGAUGACUUAUGGUGAUGAGGCUUUGGAACGGGCUAAGACAGUGGAGAGACGUAUUUUCCGGUACAUCUCUCUCUAUCCUGAAGAUGAGAGUGAAACCACUACGGCUCCCUUUACUGCUAAAGAGCACGAGAUUUUGAAGCGAUUUGAUGAACUAGUUUUGGAAAUUGAUAGUGCAUUGAAAGAUGAUUUUAACUUCCCACGGGCCUUAGGACUUGUGCAAGACUUGAUUACUGAAGCUUCAGCAACUACCAGCCGGCAAAUCAACCAGCAAAUUGCUAAAUACAUCAGUCGAAUCAUGCACGCUAUGGGUUUAGAAGCAGUUACACAAUCAGCUGACUCAGCAGUACAAACUGAACUGAUUUCAGUUAUUUCUAACUUCCGCAAUACGGUUAGACAACUCACCAAAACAUCAGCUGAGAAAAAAGCAUACUUCAUGGCCUGCGACACUCUAAGAAGUGAUCUUGCAGCCCUUAACAUUAUUGUUGAAGAUGCAGCUAACCCUCAAGAGGGUUCUUCCAUUCGAAAACAAUGCUAG